AUGGCCAAGCGUCCCAGAGUCCCCACUGCUCUUCAUGCUGAGUUGACGGAAUACUCGUCUCUGCUGCGCGCUCUGCGGACAAGCGACACACUUGACUUGGUCUCCCAACUCACCCAGCCCCCGCCGCUUCCGGUAUCUCAGGCAAGUUUUGCUGACGAUGUAUCUCUCACCGACGAAGACGACGGCGACGACGAAGAUGAAGAAGCGCCGAACGAACUUCCUCGCACUGAAACUGCUUCUCAGGAUGCCUUUUCGGCAGUCGCUUCCUCACCUACGUCUCAUGGCGAUCAUUCAAGACACGAAACUACGUUUGACAAGCUCAAGGGCAAAGAGAGGGACACCCGGACUCGGUGGCCCCUCCUAGCUGGAGACGUCCAUGUACCAGAAUGGGGACUGUUGGACGAAGUGAAGCAUAUCGCUGAGCAUGUUCUCGCUAUCACGAAUCCAAAUGAGCAGGCGGCAGAAGAGAGAGACGAAGAGGAAAUCACUGUAGCCAAUGCAAUUGCAUCAUCUGGUACCUCAGCCAUCCCCGUCACUGAACACGAGGAUGACUCUGCGCUGCUGGAACUCGGGAUUGACGCACUGACUGCUGACUGUGCUGCUUUCUUGACUCGUGUUCUGGCCUUGCUCGCUGCUCACGUCCCUGCUGCCGAGAAGAGUAUGCAAAACCGGAUUGCGCCGAUUAAAUGGGAGACUGUAGUCGACGUGGCUUGCGCGCAUGGAGUUGCCAGUCCAAGGAUUGCGGAGCUGGUUCGCGAGCGUAUGUCGCGACUCUAUCCCCCUGCUCACCCGAACAUCACUCAUCGAACACAACACCUGCGCGCGAUGAAGCAGGGUCUAUCUCAUGUGCUUGCAAAGCAUCAGAACGACCUGCUAGCUGUGCCCAGCCGUGUCCCAGUGAGAGUAGAGGAACCCGCUAAUCACAAAGGCAGCCGAAGGGUAAUGAGACAGAGAAGUGCUUCCACCGAAGCUGAAGCUGAAGCUGGACCAGCACCUAAAGGUCAACGCACGGUGGAUGGUUGA